AGCGCGCUUCAAUGACGACAACUGCACGGCGCGCAUUCCACAUUAAUUCUAUAUUAAUUCUAAAAAUCUAAAAAAAAAAAAAAAAAAAAUUAAAAUUAAUAUCCAACGCGCGGUGCACGAUUUCCUGACAACAAUUUAGUUUCGCUUUUCAUUGCAUUUUCUUUUGUGUUUUCCACACACGUGUUUUUCUGUUACUUGCACUUCGGUAGUGGUUAUUUUUUUUGGGUUACAUUGAAAAAAGUACAUCGACUGCCAACCGAAUUCCCAUUCGAACCAUAAUUUGACCAAUUGACGGAAAAUUAAUUGCGAACAAAAUUAAUUAGCAAGCGAAUAAAUAAAUUUUUUUACGUGAAACGAGCGUGUUUUUUGUCAAAACGAUUUUACAAUUGAUUGUGUUUAAGUAAAUUAAUCUACGAUAUCUAUGUGUUUGUGCUACGAUCCGAAAAUCCUAUAUUGCGAUCACACUUUAAAUGCCUUUCGUCGAGAGAUUUCAACAAAUACGUAAUUUUGUUAUGAACGUCUGCCUCGUCGAGGCCAUCCAAUUCGUCCAGGACCUCACGCAUGCCAUCUGCCUGGACCUCCAGGGCCUGUUCAAUUUCAAGUAGAGAUCCCCGAGCGAUCUAUCAGCGCUCAUCUCAUCUCAUCCAUCACCAAAGUACACCGCAUUCAUUAACCAACCGCAAGCAACUGACCAAAACGCACGGACAUCCAGAUCCCCAAUCUGAGACGGACAUUUUGCUUGGUUUUUAAAACUAAACGACUCUUUGGUACCCGAACUUGCUGACCUCUGACAUAUCGCUUGAUCCUCUACCGACCCACUGAUCCAUCCAUCCAUUCCCAACGAUGCUGUCCUGUGCCUCCUUCAAUAAACUGAUGUAUCCAACGGCCGCAGAUGUGGCCAAAUCCCCGAUGGUGGGCUUGGAGGU